AUGGAUACCUAUUUGUCCACUUACUGCUUAUUGCUGCUGGCAAUUGACCAGUGGGCCCAUGAAGAGACAAAGGCACCAGUGGACAUGCAGGGCACUGUGACCUUUGAAGAUGUGGCUGUGAACUUUUCCCAGGAGGAGUGGUGUCUCCUUAGUGAGGCUCAGAGGUGCUUGUACCGUGAUGUGAUGCUAGAGAACCUGGCUCUCAUAUCCUCGCUGGGUUGUUGGUGUGGAUCAAAAGAUGAGGAGGCACCAUGUAAGCAGAUAAUUUCUGUACAAAGAGAGUCUCAGAGCAGGACUCCUAGGGCAGGUGUUUCUCCUAAGAAGGCUCACCCCUGUGAAAUGUGUGGCCUCAUCUUAAGGGAUGUUUUUCACUUUGCUGACCACCAGGAAACUCAUCACAAGCAGAAGCUGAACAGGAGUGGAGCAUAUGGAAAAAACUUGGAUGACACUGCAAACCUUCAUCAGCGCCAGAAGCAGUAUAUUGGAGAGAAAUCCUACAGAAAGAGUGUCAGAGAAGCGUCAUUUUUAAAGAAAUGUAAGCUUAGGGUGUCACAGGAGCCAUUUGUUUUCCACGAGUUUGGGGAGGACGUUCUGCCCAGUUCAGGAUUGUGCCAAGAAGAAGCUUCUUACCCUGUAGAGAAGACAGACAGUGAAACUAUGCAUGACCCACCCUUUCAGGGGGGAAAAACUAAUUACAGGUGUGGAAAACACACAAAAGCCUUCAGCACCAAGCACUCAGUUAUUCCACACCAGAAACUUUUCACUAGAGAUGGAUGUUAUAUGUGCAGUGAUUGUGGAAAAUCCUUUAGCAGAUAUGUCAGCUUCAGUAAUCAUCAGCGAGAUCACACUGGAAAAGGACCUUAUGAGUGUGGAGAGUGUGGGAAAUCUUAUAGUCGAAAGAGCAGCCUCAUUCAACAUCAGCGAGUUCACACUGGAAAGACAGCUUAUCCCUGUGAAGAAUGUGGGAAAUCUUUUAGUCAGAAGGGCAGCCUUAUUAGCCAUCAGCGUGUUCACACUGGAGAAGGGCCUUAUGAGUGUGGAGAAUGUGGGAAAUCUUUUCAUCAAAAGGGUAACCUCAUUCAACAUCAGCGAGGUCACACUGGAGAGACAGCUUAUCACUGUGGGGAAUGUGGGAAAUCUUUUCGUCAGAAGUUCUGCUUUAUUAACCAUCAGCGUGUUCACACUGGAGAAAGGCCUUACAAGUGUGGAGAAUGUGGGAAAUCUUUUGGUCAAAAGGGCAACCUUGUUCAACAUCAGCGAGGUCACACUGGAGAAAGGCCCUAUGAGUGCAGGGAAUGUGGGAAAUCAUUUAGGUACAGAUCUCACCUCACUGAACACCAGAGACUUCACACUGGGGAAAGACCUUACAAUUGUAGGGAAUGUGGGAAAUUAUUUAACAGGAAGUAUCAUCUUCUUGUUCAUGAGAGAGUUCACACUGGAGAAAGGCCAUAUGCGUGUGAGGUAUGUGGGAAAUUAUUUGGUAAUAAGAACUGUGUGACCAUACAUCAGAGGAUUCACACUGGAGAAAGGCCAUAUGAAUGCAGUGAAUGUGGGAAAUCAUUUCUUUCCAGCUCUGCACUUCAUGUUCAUAAAAGAGUUCAUUCUGGACAAAAACCUUAUAAGUGCAGUGAAUGUGGGAAAUCCUUUGCUGAAUGUUCCAGUCUCAUUAAACACAGGAGAAUUCACACUGGAGAAAGGCCUUAUGAAUGCACCAAAUGUGGAAAAACAUUUCAGCGAAGCUCUACCCUCCUUCAUCAUCAGAGUUCACACAGGAGAAAGGCCUUAUGAGUGCAGUGAAUAUGGGAAAUCCUUUGCUGAAACAUCCAGACUCAUUAAACACAGGAGAGUUCAUACUGGAGAAAGGCCUCAUGACUGCUGUCAACGUGGAAAACAUCAGAAUGUCUGCUCUCCUUGGUCUUAAAAGACUUCGCAUUGGAACGGAGUCUCAUUCUGUCACCCAGGCUGGAGUGCAGUGGUGCAAUCUUGGCUCACUGCAACUUGGGCCUCCCAGGUUCAAGUGAUUCUCCUACCUCAGCCUCCCAGGGAGCUGAGAUUAUGGGUACACAACACCACGCCUGGCCAAAUACUUGGUUUUCAGUACCACAAGAGCUAUGAGCUGGUUAUCCACUUCAUGUGGAAUCAUGUGUCCCCAAGUGACAAUACGUAUAGAUUGCCGGGCAGUGAAACAGUUAAGAUGCCACCAUAGCUUGCUUUCUUUUCAACAUCUUUCUAAGAUUACCUUACUAUUUCUUUUGUUCCAAGUUUGUAUUUCCUCAGAGUUUUCACAUAUGGAAAGGAUACACACUUUGUAGAAACAAGAACUUUAUGUUAUCCAAGUUCUAGGAUAGCCAUGAGCUCCAAUUAUCUCAGAGCUCUGAGUCCUCUACUCAAUACCCAUUGAGAUUUAUGUGUUCUGAGGCUUUUGUCUUCUAGCUACUUAUGUCAUUCUCCAUGGGUAACGUCAUUCAUCCACAUUAGCUAAUUUCCUCACUCCAAGCUCUUUUCUAGAGAUAAUCUCCAGUCCCUGUGCAGAAACUGUCAUUGCACUUUCUGCGGAAAUGGUAGUUUCUUGCCAGCAAGGUGAGAUUAUGGAAUCCAGAAUCUUUUUUCAGGGGCCACAUGCCCAUUUCCCCACUUGCAUGAAUGUUGACACUGCAGCCACAGUUAUGGCAGUAAAUGUGAAUUUGGCAAGUAACCACCUUUCCCAGGGAAACGUCCCAAUCAGAAGAAUAUUAUCUGGGACACCGAUACUGAUAGGGAGAUGGGACAUUCUGAGGGACCUAGAGGCAGGGUGCCACCUCCUCAGCUUCCCUGAGGGCUGCCUAGAAUCUCUCUGUUUCCUCUCACUGAAUUAUUCUUUCUCUUAUGGCUGAACAAACACAUGGAACCUCACAAAGUCCAUUGUAAGGGCUUUAUCUUUGUGAAGUGAAGAACAUGAAGACAGUUUGAAUCAGUUAUUGAAUGGACACUUAAUGUCUUUAUAACUUUUUUAGAUAUGUGUUUGUGUUUUUUGGGGAGCAUAAUUUGCAAAUGGAAUCUCUGUUAUUUUACUAAGGUGCUUCAUGGAUACAAGAGUUAAAACUUCCUCUCCCAUUUAGUGAAACAAAAGGUUAAGAAAUGUGGAUAAAGCUUGUAAGUUAGAAAUGGCAAGAUAAUCAACUAUAUGAAGAAUCUCAGCUGGGUGUUUUGGCCCAGGCCUGUAAUCCCAGCACUUUGGGAGGUUGGGAUGGGUGGCUUACAAGGUCAGGAGUUCAAGACCACCCUGGCCAAUAUGGUGAAACCCUGUCUCUA